UAAGUCAUGAGUCAUAAUCUCCUAGUCAAGCAGCGUCAGUGGGUCAACACAAACACGUUUCUGUUUUGUUUUUUAGCAGGGAUCUAUGUUUCUUUCUUUUCUCUCUCCCAAACUAAUCAACAUACACCAUACAUAAUUCACCUCCUUCUUCUUCUUCUUCUUCUUCUUCUUCUUCUCAAAUCUCACUUCCUCAUAAAAUUAACCCCAAAAAAACAUAACAAACCUUUCCUUCAACAACAAUAUUACUAACCCUUCUGUGUCUGUUUCUGUUUCAUGGGCUGUUGCUGGAAUUAAUUGGGAACCAAUCCAUAGAUGAGCAGCAGCCACCACAGCCGUAGGGACAAAUCCCAUACCUUUCUUCACAGUUUUCUCAAACACUUCAAAUUCGGUUCCACUACAGAAGAAAACAAUGAAGCUGAGAUACAAAGAAUGGCUUCACGAGAACAGAAGAUAUUUUCAUAUGAAACCCUUGUUUCUGCCACCAAAAAUUUUAGUGCUAAGUUAGGUGAAGGAGGUUUUGGACCUGUCUACAAGGGGAAAUUGAGUGAUGGUAGAGAAAUUGCUGUGAAGAAAUUAUCACAGACAUCAAAUCAAGGGAAGAAGGAGUUCAUGAAUGAGGCAAAGUUGUUAGCUCGUGUGCAACAUAGGAAUGUGGUGGAUUUGUUGGGUUAUUGUGUUCAUGGCACAGAGAAGCUACUUGUUUAUGAGUAUCUUCCUCAUGAAAGCCUUGACAAGUUUCUAUUCAAACCUGAUAAGAGAGAGCAGCUUGAUUGGCAACGUAGGUUUGGAAUAAUCACUGGCGUGGCAAAGGGAUUACUCUAUCUCCACGAAGAUGCGCACCAAUGCAUAAUUCACCGUGACAUCAAGGCCAGUAACGUAUUGCUUGCUGACAAAUGGACGCCCAAGAUUGCUGAUUUUGGUAUGGCACGUCUCUUCCCCGAAGAUCAAAGUCAAGUCAAUACACGUGUGGCUGGAACAAAUGGAUAUAUGGCGCCGGAAUAUAUGAUGCACGGAAGACUCUCCGUCAAGGCGGACGUGUUUAGCUAUGGAGUUUUGGUAUUAGAGUUGAUCACUGGCCAAAGAAACUCUUCCUUUAAUUUGGAUGUCGAGGAGCAGAAUCUUUUCGAUUGGGCUUACAAGAUGUACAAGAAAGGAAAAUGCUUAGAAAUUGUAGAUACUACAUUAGUAUCUACAGCUAUAACCGAGCAAGUAGCUAUGUGUAUUCAACUAGCUCUUCUAUGCAUCCAAGGAGAUCCACAACUUCGUCCAACAAUGAGACGCGUUGUGGUGAUGCUUUCAAGGAAAUCACCACAUACCCACAUGGAAGAACCAACAAGACCAGGUAUACCAGGUAGCAGAUAUAGAAGACCUCCGAGAAACUCUGGUUUAUCUUCCACAAUUGGUAGUACCUCUGGUGGUGUUUCGUAUUCUCAGUCUUCUGAUUCAAGUAAAAACGGUAGGAGUAGUACUAGCACGCUUUCAAGAACUGUCACUGGUACAAGUUCAGCUACUGCUGAGUUAGAUACAAGAGGGAAACGUCCAAUGAAGGAUUAGGCUCACUCAUUUUGUUUUGAUAUGUGAUUGUGUUAUUUUUUUUUAGUAAUGUAAUUUGUAAGUAGGUGAUUUGAAGUUUUGAACUGAUUAGAAUGUAGAUAUUAGUAGUAAGAAUUUAAGGUGGUUAGAUUAGGAAUAGUAAGAAUUUAAGGUGGUUAGAUUAGGAAUCACCAGGUUAAUGUGUAUUCUUAUUCUUUUAGUAUUUUUAAGAUAGAAAUGAGAUGAAAUUCAUUUAAUCUCAUCUGGAUCAUCUUAUUUUCCUUGCCACAAUAAAGUGUCAGUAAAUAGUAAGUAAUAAGGAUAACUGGAUAAGUGAGUUGCCAAAAUGACACCAAAAUCUGUUUGGUUUAGAAAACAAGAUAACUAAUGUAAAUUGUCUCAAAUGCUAAGGUCAAAUGCAAAGUUAUAUAUCACAAACAUUCUGAGUCAAACUACACUACAACAAUAUGUGAAAAACUAUUUCUACUCAAAGCUUUUAAGAAAAG